AUGGGAACAGCCAGCAACAACCCUUCUGACUUGAACAUCAUCAUCCCUGAGAAACUGGAGCAUAAGGACUAUACCCAGCCUGAUGUCCUGUGUCAUACCUUUGAGACUCUUUCUAACCUUCACAAACUGCUUCCAAACCAUCUUGUGGAGGGGCUUCAAUCCUACCAGAGCGAAGAGGAUAAAAAAAAAUGUGAGAUAUCUGAAUUUUCCUGUUUAGAAAGGAUCUUGGCAAGACAUGAAUUGCCGAAAGAGAUUAGUCUGACUCCUAAGCCAAGCAGAAUGCACUCAUGGCAAAGAAAAGCCAUGAACAAUGUGAGUGACGGGUGGAAGAAGUGCUGCUUAUGGAGGAGGAACAUAAAAGAGCCUCCGAUGAGCACUGUGGUUGUCAGAUGGCUGAAAAAGGACAUGCAACCCACCGAGGAUCUCAAGUCAGUAAUUCAAAGGAUGUCAAUGUUUGGCCCGAUUCAGUCAGUCACCGCGUGUGGACAUCAAAGUGCUGUAGUGGUGUUCAAGAAUGUAACUUCAGCGUGUAAAGCCGUGAACGCUUUCCAAAGCAGGAUCCCACUGUUCCACUGUUCCUGGCAGCAUCGAUUCAUGUCGAAAGAUGUAAGACUUUCUAGUUCCAAUAACCUACGUGAAUUCUUAAAGCUUGUUUCAUAAGUUUUUAUUCAUUAGGGCUGUAAGUAAA